AUGGACAAACCUUCAGCUCCUCACGUCGUCAUGGAAACAGACGCUGGAGAUCCACCUGCAGACGACCACCUCCUGAAUCUGAAGGCCCUGACGGAGAAGUUACGGCUGGAGACCAGGAGGCCUUCGUACCUGGAGUGGAAAGCUCGGCUGGAGUCUGGAGCUGGAUCAGAACCGAUCCGGAUCGAUCAGCAAGACGAGAAGAUGGAAGCAACUGCGACUCAGUGCAAACUGACCUCAGGUCCACUGAAGGGAUUCAAGAACAUGGAUGAAGCUCUCAGCUGGCUCCGGACAGAACUGUCAGACAUGCAGCUGCAGGACCAGCUCUUGGCCCGUCAGCUGAUGGCUCUGCGCGAUGACAUCAGCAGGCUGAAGGUGGACCAGGCGUGUCAGCAGCACCGCCGGAUGCUCAACGACGCCACCUGCAGUCUGGAGGAGCAGGACCAGCUGUCUGAGCUGCUCUGUGAAGGUCCGGCGUCGCCGGGUCUCGGACUGUCGGCGCCGCUGAGGCUCAUCGGAGUCACAAAGAUGAACAUCAACUGCCGACGCUUCUCCCUGUGCUGAAGAGUCGGGUCAGAACCUCCUGCCAGCCUCCAUCAGCACCAGCUGAUCAUCACUGAGCUUUGAUGGAAAUGACUUGUUCUCUGUGUUUAUGGUCUAAUUGCACUUGUUUGUGAACUCGUUCCGGUUCUUUGCAGAACCCCACAUGUGUUUGUUGUGAAUGACCCUCUUUGGCAGAAGGACUCUGUGUACAAACAGACUGGUACCAGUAGAAGUACUGACUCAGCUGCUUUACUCAGGUAGAAGUGUGAAGCUGCAGGUUCAGACCUUUACUGACGUACAGGAGUCAGGAUGAAUGUUGACCGUCUGGAGCUCACAGCAGGACAACCCUAACUCUAACCC